CUUUAAUAUGGUUUUUAUUUAUUCCUCUCUCAUGGCAAAUAAACAGUAUAUAAAGAAGACGAAUAUAUUCCUUCUCUUGUCUAUUCAACCAAACAAGAGAAACAAUAAAACCAAAAAAUGUUCCGUUCUACUAUUUUCGCCUCUGCUAUCUUCGCCGUGAUUGCUAUCGUCUCUGCUGCUCCUGGUGGUGAUCAUCAUCAUGAUGAUAAAUGGAAACACAAGAAUGUCAACACUGGCGGUGAUGCUGGUCUUAUCAACAUUAACCCUGGCAAGCACUUGCUCAUUGACGAUAUCAAGGUUGACCAUUCCCUCAACCAUGUUAUCGAUCUUGAUCUCAUUAAACUUGAAGAAGUUCUCAAGAACAUUGACAUCCUCAGUGGUAACAAUGCUCACAACGAUGAAGGACAUCAUCACGCUUAUGAUUAUCACGAGGAAUAUGAACACCAUGAAGACCACGAUGAUGACGACGACCAUGAUGACCACCACGACCACCAUGGCGAUCAUGAUAAUGAUGACUAAAUUCUUAGCAGUCAAUCCAUACAAUUAUAACUAGCAUGUUUCAUUUACUUAUACAUGAUGUGCCCGCAUAAACAUUUCUUACCAUUUAGCACCAUUAUAUAUUUUCAUACAUAAACAUCAUUUUUAGCAUAUUCUCAUUUUGUGC